AAGGCAUCUGAGAACAAAGAAAUCCUCGCUGCCGCCCAUGGAGGAUGGUGACAUAAAUGCAAGGGAGCAGUCCCACACAAUGUUGACCUAAGCUGCUCGGUUAUUCUGACCACCUCCCGCUGAUGGUGGCGUCACCCUGCAGUUGCACUUCUAAAUUUCCAUUCGCAGACAAUGAUCCAAUUCAUUCAAACCUCAGCAACAACAGCCAACAUUCACCAUUUUCCCUCCUACACGCGUCGCCCUCAGAAGCCGCUACUCUCACCGCAUCCGAUCACUACGAGCUCCUCGUUCAUCUUGCAGCACAUUUUGGCCAUUCGAUCAAAGACCUCACUCAAGUCUGCUGCCAUCAAACAGCGCCACGCGCGCCACGCGACUUGAACGACCAUGGCGACCAAUUGGUCCUCCCUCAAGGUGGUCGACCUCAAAGCCGAACUCAAGCAGCGCGAUCUGCCUCAGCAUGGAUUGAAAGCCGAGCUCGUCGCUCGUCUGGAGGAAGCAGACCAGACUGCUGAUGCGCCGCCUCACGAAGACGACGUGGGGCAGGAGGAAGAAAAUGCUGCGGACAGCAACAAUGACCCCGAGAAGCAUCAGCACGGCGACGAGCAUAUGGAGAACGGCGGCCAGGCGUCUGCCGACGAUCAGAAGGGUGUCGAGCCGUCCACGGAACCUGCGCAGGCUGAACAGAUUGCUGGAUCGACCGAGCAAACAGAUCAAGGGCCUCCGGCCACCACAACCGAUGCGCCCGAGCCGGCCAAGGAGGUUGAACAGGACAAUACUGCACCUGUCGAGCCCAUGAAUGCGAGAACAACUGAAGAGCCCCAGGAUGCGAACGCGACCCAUGCUGAGCAGACUGCCCCCAAUGGAGAGCAGCCAGAAUCGCCAAACCCCGAGCCAGCCCGCGAAGACAGCAUGGCUGUCGAUGCAGCGGAAGUCCCACCCCAACCCAAGGAAGCUUCGCCCAUACCCGAAACUGUCCCUCAACCAGAAGACGUGGACGGCACUGUCGCUGCCGACGGCAAUCAGAAACGGAAGCGUCGGUCCGCAAGCCCAUUGCCCAGCGAAGAGUCCAUAGCCAAGCGCGCCCGCGUCGCCGAAGAAUCCCGCGGCGACGAUGGUGCGCCCUCCGUCAGCAUUGCGUCCCGCCCAGACGAAGACGCAACCAUGGGCGACGCAAACGACUACGAGCAAGAUCUUCCCGAACAGAGCGUCGCCCCAUCGAUCCACCACGCGACACCUGCUCUCUACAUCUCGAACCUCAUGCGACCGCUACGCCCGGACGAUGUCCAGGCUCACAUUGUCGACCUCGCUACACCGCGCGGCCACUCGCUGUCGAACGACAUUAUCACCACCUUCCAUCUCGACCAGAUUCGCACGCACGCCUUUGUCGUCUUGACAUCCACAGCUGCCGCGUCGCGCGUCCGCACACUGCUACACGACACGGUGUGGCCCCGAGAGAGCAACAGAAAAGCGCUCUUUGUGGACUUUGUCCCCGAAGACCGCGUCCAGGAAUGGAUCGACACAGAAGCACAGUCGCGACGAGGCACGAGGUGGGAGGUCACAUACUCCUCCGACCCGGAGCCAGAGGCAUCCCUCGUUCAAAGCACGGACGCAUCUUCCCGCCCCACGGGCUCAUUCUCCAAUGCCAUUCCCACCGGGCCGCGAGGCGACUCUAUCAACAACAUCCCCGUCGGUCCGCGUGGUGCACCGACUGGACCGAGAGCCAAACGCUCUGGACCCGGUCCGUUCCCAACCGGCGGACCGGGCCCCUAUCCUUCUGGCGGUAACAGGACACGAGCGUUCCCACCCGUCUCGUUUGCGCCAGUGUCUGAGGAACUCGCGCAGCGAAGAAUCGACAACAUUUGGGGAUUCUACACGGACCGCCGUGGACCGUAUGGCAAGGAGCUGAAUCGCUACUCAUUUGAGGACGGCGACAGGUUCGUCGACCGGGGCACCGAGGUGUUUGUUGCCAUCAGGCCGCCUCACAGGGACAAGCCUAGGGGAGGUGGUCGCGGCCGCGGCGGUGGUCGUGGCGGUGGCGGUGGCCGAUUCGACGACCGAAGGUUCGACGAUCGCAGAUUUGAUGAUCGUAGGUUUGAUGAUGGUAGACGAUUCGACGAUCGCAGGUUUGGGAGGGACCGCUUUGGUGGUGGUGGUGGCCGAGGCGGUGGCCGUUCAUGGGGUGAUCGUUACAUGCCCGAUCGAAGAUGAGCACCUCCCAAACAUGAGAAGGCAUUUCCCAAGGAUGAAUUUGUUGGGGCCAUGGGACGCGGUGUCACCUAGCAAAAGGAGCCUAGGACGCGCAGCUUAACAUUAAUGAAGCCCAUCACGAGACAUGGACGU